ACAGCACCACCUGUUGACUGCAGCAGGAAGCCAAGCAGCUGACAGUGCCAGGUAGCCCAUUUCUCCUCGCCCGGGCUCACACCUCUCAUGUACACUAAACUCAAAGUUGUGAGAGACGUCAAGAAGCGUCGCGCGGAGAAGGAACGAGGAUGAAUGGCUUCAUCAAAUUACUGUUGGCGACUGCAGUAGGUGUGGCUGUGGUGGGUGUGGCUAUCCACGAGGUGUGGCCGGGGUCCCUGGCGAGUGUGGUUAUGAAGAGUGAAGGUGUGAGAGCUGCGGUGAUGGCCCUGCAUAACUUGCUGCUGGUGCCUGGCACCCAGCAGGAGCAGGAGCAGGAACAGCCUCCUCCAGGGGUCAAGAAGGAGAGGAUCUUCACCGUGGAGGAGCUGGCCAGAUACGACGGCCGGGAGGGCAACAAGGGGCCCUACUUGGCUCUCCUCGGCCGGGUUUACAACGUCAAGAAGGGCAAAAAGUUCUAUGGCACGGGCGGUGGUUAUGAAUUUUUUUCUGGCCGUGAUGGAAGCAGAGCAUUUGUUACUGGAGAUUUUACUGAAGAAGGGCUAAUUGAUGAUAUAUCAGGGCUGACAAGUUCUGAUUAUAUUGGGCUUGACGAAUGGACGAAGUUCUACGAAAGUGACUACAAAUAUGUAGGGAAAGUAAUUGGUAGAUUUUACAAUGAAAAAGGUGAGCCAACUUCAUAUUAUUAUGAUGUACAACGAUGGAUUUCUCAAGCAUACAAUGAUAAAGAAAAUGAGAAUAAAGAAAAAAAGAUGUUCCCUCCAUGUAAUUCAGAGUGGGCUCCUGAAUCUGGAACAAGAGUUUGGUGUACAACAAGGAGUGGUGGUGUGGGACGCGAUUGGGUCGGGGUACCACGAAAAUUAUACAACCCAGGUCAUAGUAAACCCCGGUGUGCAUGUGUUAAAGACUUUGGACCACCUUCACAUGAUCCAACAAGGAUGCCACAUGACGACAAUGGGGAUUUAGACCACCCUAACUUGGAGGAAUAUCCUGGUUGUAUAUCAGACCAACCCACCUGCACAUUUAAGGAGGAUUAGAUGUACAGUAUAUUUGCAUAUAUAAAAAAUGUAUGAAACAGCUCAAUGGUAAGAAAGUUUUUAAACAGCAAGGUAGUCUUAUAUUUUUAAAACACUAUCCUGCAUAGCUAGCUAUAAUUGAACCUUUGCAAUCAAAUACAUGCUCAGCUGUGACUUGCACACAUGCCUGUAAUGUGCAUCUAUAUUUUAAAAUUUAAUUACUGUACUUUUA